AUGGAAACAUCGACGUUUGACUUUAUAGUGGUGGGCGGUGGUCCAGCCGGAUGCGCCGUCGCAGCGGGCGUUGCGAACGCCGCCAAGAAACCCAAGGUCCUGCUGAUCGAAGCCGGCGGCGACAACAAUGACAAGUCUCUCCGAGUCGACGGCCAAAGAUGGAUCACGGUGGCGAACCAGGAGAUGAAUUGGGGAUACAGGACCACGCCUCAAGAGCAUUGCGACGACCGUGAGCUCGACUACUUCCGCGGCAAGGGGCUCGGCGGCUCCAGCGCCGUCAACUUUGGCGUCUUCACAGUAGGUGCCCGUGACGACUACGGUGAGUGGGCGCGCAUCGUCGGGGACGAAUCAUUUGGUUGGGACAGGAUCCAGGGCCGACUGAAGAAGCUCGAGACUUUCCACAACGACCUUCCGCAGAAUCUGCGAGGCAAAUAUGCCAGCCCAAGAGCGGAAGACCAUGGUACAUCUGGGCCGCUCCACACCGGGUACGCUGCAGAACUCGAAAAAGACCUGCCGCCGAUGCUCGACGUGUUCCAGGAAGCUGGCUUCCCGCUGAAUCCAGACCACAACUCGGGCAAUCCGAUCGGCAUGUCCCUGCUCAUCAACUCUUGCGCCAAGGGUCUGCGUUCUACUGGCCAGGAUCUGCUCCAGCCACGGCCAGAGAACCUGACUGUUCUCAGUUCGGCGCCGGUGCAGCGCAUCAUUCUAGAGGGCAACAAGGCGAUUGGCGUAGAGUCCAACGGCAAGCGAUACCUCGCGUCAAAGGAAGUCAUUCUCUCCGCCGGCGCACUUGACAGCCCAAAGAUCCUCAUGCACUCUGGCAUUGGCCCCGAGAGCCAGCUUCAAGAGUUCGGCAUCCCCGUCGUCAAGCAUGCCCCGGCCGUUGGGCAGGGCCUGCGAGACCACCAGUUUUGCCCGCUCGCUUUCACUCGUGUCGAGGGCGACACCGACCGCGCCGAGUUCUACGGUGACCAAAAAGUCAUGGAUGACGCAAUGGCGCAGUGGAAGCAAGACCAGACGGGCCCAUGGUCCAAGUUCGCCUGCCAGCUGGGCGUCGGCUACUUCAAGCUGGACAAGCUCGCGGAGUCAGAAGAGUUCAAGGCACUCCCGGCGGAGGAGCAGACGUUUCUAUCCAUGGAGACGAUUCCUCACUGGGAAAUCAUUACCCACGCCCCGAUCCAUUGGUUCUCGCCCGACUUCCCCCAGGACUGCCUCAAUGCCUCGGCUUUCAUCGUCUUCUACUACAACGCUCAGGCCCGUGGAGAAGUCACCCUGCAGUCCAAAGACCCCAACGUGCCACUCAAGAUGGACCCAAAGUUCCUCGCAACGCCGUUUGACCGUCGCGUGGCGAUCGAAGCGCUCCGCGAGGCCAUGCGGGUGGCCAAGCAGGACAGCUACGCCAAGAACAGUGUGGCCAUGAUUGCAGGGCCAAAGAGCGACUCGGACGAUGACCUUCUCGCGCACUGGAGGCAGACCAUUUCGUCCAGCUGGCACAUGACGGGCACGAUCAAGAUGGGCAAGCUCGGGGACGCUGACGCGGCCGUUGACCCGAGCUUCCGAUUCAUUGGCAUCGAUAACCUGCGCGUGGCUGACAUGAGCGUGGUUCCUGUUUUGCCCAGCUGCCACACCCAAGCAGUUGCCUACCUCACGGGAAUGACCUGUGCAGAGAAGCUCGUUGCAGAGUACGAGCUUGCCUGA